AUGGAAGAGUAGUUAAUGGCUGUGAAUUAGGGUUUUCAGCCUUGCCAAGGGGAAAAUAAGGUGAUAAACGUAGCGAAUUUCUUAGCCCUCAUAGAAGAUUACAAGGGAACGACAAUCAAGCACAUGCUUGACCUGGAAAAGGAACUAUCGAGCACUGCCGAUUUCUUAAAGAUAAAACUGGCCAAUCGAUUAUGUGAUAAAUAUGGUUUCUUACACAAGACUAGAAUACAGGCCAUCCUUUAUGUUGAUUAUUUUAUGCGAAAAAGUGACCGAGUAGAGUAAUGCACAUUAAGGCUCAUAGCUAUCGCCUCCAUACUUAUAUCAGUUAAACUCAAUGAGGAUAGAUUGCUGUCUGUGGAGUAGUGCAUGAAGGAGUGCAAUGGAGACUAUUCAAAGGAAAUGAUUAUUAAAACUGAGAGGCUCCUUAUGGUGUACCUCAAUUUUAAGAUGAAUUUACCCACUGCAAUGGACUUUGUAUAAUUCUUCUUGUACCUUAGUGAUCCAAAGUUUGAUUUUGCAGAGAUAAUAAAUGAGUCUCUAAGUUUUAUUUAUGUCAGUCUCAUGGAUUACAAUAUCUGCAGGUACAAGUAAUCUUCAAUCGCAAUAGCUAGUAUUCUACUCACUUUGCAUUUCAAGGAAAAAUUCUGGGAAGAAUUCAGUUAUGAUUGGUACUGCUUCCUUUCUAAAACAUUUUAGAACAUGAUAGAUCAGUCCGAAAUCAAUAUAUGCUUUGAACUUUUGAAGAGGAUUUUUAUGGGCGAACAAGAAAAACAAAUGAGCUAUGGCUAAAGAGAUUCGCAAAAUAUAGACUUUGUUGAUUAAUCUACAAGUUGUGACAUUAAUAAUAGUUUAUUCUCUAAGUCACCUAACGGCUCAACUUUACCGGAAAGUACAAAUUCAAAUUUCGUGAGUCCACUACAACCGCUACAACUUAAGAUGAGCCAGCAUAGCUCAUAUUAGUUCAACAACUCAAAUGGAUCUCACUUCAAAAUUAAUCUUUACCAAAAUGAGAUGAGGAAACAACUCAAUUAGCAUUAAUAGAUUGAGAUCUAUGAAGAGAAUUUACAAACAUUGGAGAAUGAUGAAGACGAUGAUAAAGAUACAAGAGCAGAAAAAUUCAAGUAAAUGCAUUCUCAAAUCUACAUUCAAAAUCUUAAAACCCAUGGUAGCAACAUUUCUACAAACAUUACCAAAUUCUAAUCAAAUAUGAGCCCUGAAAUGAUGGACGAUGUGAGUCGAAAUUAUUACGACUCAUAGCAUAACAAGGGCAGAAUUGGAGACUUACUAGAAUUUGAUGAAGAUUCUUCUUACAAUUCUACUCGAGAUAUAAAUCUUACCAACUUAAAAUCUCUCAAGCAUAUUAAUGAUGCAGUUGGGGGGACUCUACCAUUCAGUACAGCUAAUUUGAAUAUCAGCAGUUAAUAGCGGAUGAAUGGCGAUCCGUUCUAGUCUUUUGGAAGUGGGGGUAGCAACAAUAAGCAGAAAAAGAAAAUGACUCAGAAUAACUUUGAGGCAGUGUCAAACAGGUCUUCAAAGAUUAAUGGAAUCGCUAAAAAUAAAAAUAAGAGACAAAUCAUGAAAUAGUAGAUGUCCAGUAACGGGGAUGAAUCAGACUAAAGUCCUCCGACUAAAGUUCUCUCCAAAUUUUAGUCUACUAUUAAUGAUCAAGUAAAGAAUCAAGGUAGAGUAAGAAUGAAACCCAUAAAUUAAAUCAAUGGUAAUAAUAGUAUGGCGAAUGUCAACAGUAACGAUUAGUGGUUAUUUAGCAUGCAAAAGCAACUGUAAUAUUAGGGGAAUUAAAGUGUCGAUGUAGUCAUGGGGGGAUCUUAGGGCUCAAACAACGACUUUUCAUACAACUAGAAGAUGCAAGACGUGGAUGAGGGCUAGUAUUGA